AUGAUCACCGGCGGCAGCAGCAGCUCCCACUGCCCUACAUGUACCUGUAGGAAGAAAGCUCGGAUAAUUAAUGACGAUGACGACAGGUUCAGCGAACUUCCCGACCAUCUCCUCCGCCGCAUUCUCUACUUCCUCGACUCGAAACUCGCCGUACAAACUUGCGUCCUCUCCCGGCGGUGGAGAUCCGUCUGGAAAGGCGUCCCUGCCCUCAAUCUAGACACAAAGUCCUUCAACGACAGCGAUGAAUUCGACCAAUUCGUCUACGGAAUCAUCUCACGCCGUCACGACUCCGCCCCGAUCCACGAGAUCAGCAUCGAAAAUGACACGAACAAAUACGGCGGCAGAAUCGAGUACGACAUUAAUGAGAGUUGUGGCGAGCUCUUUGCUUACGCGGCCUCCCACGGGAUACAACGGUUGCGCGCCGUCGAGGAUAUCGAGGAUGGAUUUUCGCAUUACGUGUACGACCAGGGAUUCCUUCCCCUUGCACCUGGUUUCAGAAUGCUCACUACUCUGCAUCUGCAACGCACCAAGUUGUUUUGCCCGGAGCCACUGGUCGAACCGUUCUCCGGUUUCCCAAACCUGCGGGAUCUAACCCUCAAGGAUUGCUACUGGGCGAAUGAUGAGUGGGACGAGGAGCCUGCCAUGUACUUGAGAAUCUGCGGGAACCAAUUGCUGAAUCUCAGGAUUGAAGGGUCAGAUGAUGUGUCCAUGGUCGAAAUAUUCGCACCCAAUCUCGAGUCCAUAUCUUACCGAACUUAUUGGAGUCGCCCGGACUUUGGCGAGUUUGAUCUACCUUCACUCGACCGUGUUUAUGUCGGAUGCUGGGUUUACUGCAGAUUCACGGAUGACUAUCAUUAUCGUUUUGCGACGCGGUUAGUAAACUUGCUCCAACGACUGCACCGUGCAAGAACUCUUGUUCUGAAUUCCGAUACUGUCAAGGUGCUUGAAAGCUGUCCUAAAUUGCUCGUCGGGCUUUCUCCAUUUGCUCAACUGAGUACUUUAAUCUUGGAGGUAGAACCAUUUGACGUGUCUCAAAUGAAAUCAUUCUUCUUUGGGAACCCCAAAAACAAGGGAAAUAAGUCUACCAAGUUUAAAGAUUCGUCUCUUGUCUAG